UUUUUUGUGGUGAACCAGCACAUCUUGAACCAUUGCCUUUGCCUCAGCCCUAGUCUGUGUCUGCAGCUUCCUGAUUUACUGGGUAGCAGACGCUGUGUAGAACCGACGCUGCUUUCUCUCAGUGUGAGCCCCCCACAGCCACGAUGUUGCACAUCUUUAAAACAAAAUCCAGUGCAAUUAAAGUCAUUGUUGCAAUCGUCUUUGGUUUGGGAUGUGUCUCAACGUCUCAUGUGGACUGGUCACAGAAAGCUGAGAGCCGCUCGCUGGCCACGUUUUCCUGGGCUAACUGUGGGAGUGAGACGGCACCUGCAGUCCUUGAGGCUCUUUCAAUUCAACCUGAUCCAAUCGUACUUCCUGGGGACCUUCAGGCCAGUGCAACAGGUUCCUCCAGCGUUAUUCUUACAACACCUCUAACGGCUAAUGUAACGUUGUAUAAGGAAGUUGGAGUGUGGGUGAAAAUUCCGUGUAUUGAUGAGAUUGGAAGCUGCACGUACAAUGAUGUCUGUGAACUGCUGAACAUGUUGAUCCCACCUGGACAGUCCUGCCCCGAACCACUGUUUACAUACGGCCUCCCAUGUCACUGUCCCUUUAAAGCGGGUAAGUACUCUCUGCCAAAUACCAACUUCAACAUCCCUUAUGUUGAAUUUCCGUACUGGAUGACCAAUGGGAACUACAAGGCUAAGGUAAUGCUGAGCAGCAACGGAGAUGAGCUGGCAUGUGUCAAACUCACCUUCUCCCUGAAGAGUGACUGAUCAGAUCAAACCUGCAUCUUUCCUGGUCAUAUACUGCAGCUGCUUGGAACCACAGAACAAGAAAUAACAAAUUGCCUCCAUCUGCUUAGUUUUGCAAGUGCAAUCAUGUCUGGAAAACUAAUGUUCAUUUUUUCCCACUGUGAUCUGCUGCCACAAAAACACUAUAUCAGUUUAUCAUAUGUUGCUUAUUUUCUUUUCAUCCAGUGAGUUUCUUUCAGCGUGUAAAAAAGUUAAGAGAACAAUCUGUCCCAGUCUCAGAGUAAAGUCACAAGUGCUGAGGUGUGUGACUAUCAUGUCCCAGAUAUUGAUCCAGUGAGUAAGCUCCUGUACUGAGAAACAUUCCUCUCUCUGGAGGGUGGGUGCUUCUCCUCUAAAUUUACUAAUUCUGUCCAAAAUAUAAAGGUGGCGAAAACUCUCUCUUACGCACAGAAAGCACACACACUUCAUCUAAUGGGAAUCUUCUUAUCAGUUGUCAUCUUUAUUCUGAUUUCUUCUUCAAUGUCCUAAGACCAUGAUGAGCUAUAAACAGGAACAUUGAUAAUUUCGAACGGGUGGUUUCUGUGUUGCAAAAUCUGUAUUGAAAUCCUCAGGUUAUCAGAUCCAUUUGAAAUAGAUUUGCCAUUAUUGGUCUCCUCUUACAAACCUCUUUAUUCAAGAUUUGGGUUAAAUUCCAUACGGACAGUAGGCAGGGUACAGAUGAAGAGAGAGUAUUCUAAACGCACAUUAUUUUCUUCUCCUUGCGUAUGGCGUGCACAGCCUAAAGUUGUAAGACAACUUGUUCUGUUUGAUCUUCUGUUUGUGCACGCCAGGUUGAUUGCAUUCGUUGAAACAGGGUGGACCACGUGAAGGUUGUAAUCUCCCAGCAUCACAAGCAUAACAUUAUUGUGAUGUUGUGCAUUACACUAGUGCUCCUCCAAAUUUGAACAGAGACCUGGCAAAAUCAAAAAGCUAGUCUCAGUAAUACGGUUUUCCUUAUUCUAUUCAUCAAAGGAACAGUUGUUGAUUGUAUUGAUGGACUACAACCCUCGCAUUCCAGUCAGUAAUUGCUUCUUAUGCUAAAGGAUAAUAGAGUAUCAUUCAUUUAACUAUUAAAUAACUAACCCAAUUGCAGCAAAUUUACAGCCUGAAGUGGACGCACUGCAUGCCAACAGAAAUAGUCUCAAGAACAAUCAGCAGGCAUCAAUAAUUUACUUCACACUAACCCAGCAGAUAAGUGGAGAGCUGCCUGCCAACUUUGCAUGUGCCUUGGGCAAACUUCAAAGAUCUCCCAUUCUUUCUAUUUGAUGUGUACCACAGUGAACCACAGUGACCACAGCUAGAAUAGUGAGAUACAGAGACAGGCCAUUUCCCCACCGCCUGGGUGUCGGCCAAACUGCCUCUCAGUUAAUCUCGCUUCUCCUUUCACCAUAUUUGUACAAUUCUUUAGUUCAAGUUGGGGAUCCAAAUCGCUUUUGAAAGUUGCUGCUGAAUAUACAUCAUCAUCCUCUCCAGACGUGGGUUGCAAGUUACUAUCAUUUAUUUUUUAAACCUCCAUCUAGCGUCCACUUCAUUUGUAUAUCAACUCAUUCUUUUCCUCUGGUUACUAACUAAUCUGCUGAUGAAAAGCCUUAGAAUUAAAUUAUUCGGUUUAAUAUUAAAAUGUUUACAAUAUUUACAUCAUUCUCAGUUCUGCAUUUACAAUUGUAAUUGAUUGUAAUCAUGUUUUGUCUUUCUGCUGACUGGUUAGCACGCAACAAAAAACAUGUUCACUGUACCUUGGUACACGUGACAAUAAGCUAAACUCAACUGAACUACAAAAGGUACAUCAAAUUAAAAACGAGCGACACUGCACUUUUACAUGGUCAAAUAACACGAGCCAGUUGGAACUGUUAAUCAAACUUCAUCAACACAAAUUAUUUGUUGGUGAAGGUAAAAUAAGUUGCACACUGAAACAAUCACUUGACCAGUUUAUUUAUCCUUUCAAUGCACUUAGUUGAUUGUUUUCAGCACUCCCAAGAGAUUUGUAAACCUACUUUUAAAGGGGUAAUAUAUUCUAUUUAUAACAGAAUCUGACAAUCUCAAUUGGUGGGAAAGACAUUAGAUAUAUGCAUCAUUUUUAAUAAUAAUCAGAGAGAAAUUAUGAUUCAUCUCAAAAUCUAACAUUUCACAUACUGUAUGCAAAGAAAUGGUUAAAAAUAUACUUUGCUAAAUGCUUUUCUCAUAACCCUUUAAGCAGAUGCUCAAACUGGACCUAAAAUAACAUUUCUGAUUUUUUUUUAAUGUUUCUGGAAUUGUUUGAAAUGCUGUCCUUUCCUAAAAUAAAGCCUUUAUUUGUCACCAUGAAAAGUAUCCUAUCACUUUCUCUGUAAUACAUGUAAUUUGUGCACCAGCACGAAACCCAGGCAGAGUUUCCACAGUGAGUGUUGCAAUGCCUGGUCUGCUGAAUGUGUAGGAAAGAACUGCAGAUAAUUUGUUCAUGAUAUAUGUAUUUUUAUUUCUAAUUAUUUUUACUGCACACUGAAUGGACACUGGUUGAGCAACGUUUUUUUGUUUCCUCUGGGUAUGUGAGUACUCAGGAAAAUUAUAAUAAAGAUAUACAAUACAA